AUGAAUAUGUCUAAUUCAAAUAUCAUUUUGAUUCUCACUGCAUAUGGACCUCCAGGACCACUGAAUUAUGGAGUUUUCUUCGUUAUAUUUGUGCUUUACCUUGCCACAGUAUUUUCAAACUUAACUCUAAUGCUGGUCAUCUUAUUUGAUCCAAGUCUCCAUAAACCAAUGUACAUAUUUCUGUUCAACCUGGCAAUCAAUGGUCUGAUUGGGAGCACUGCUGUCUGUCCUAAAAUUAUGCAAUAUCUUCUUGAAGACUUGAAGACCAUGUCCCUCAGUAGCUGCUUACUGGAAGUGUUUUUUAUAAAUGUGUAUGCGACAUGUGCAUAUGCAAUAUUAACUGUGAUGGCAUAUGACAGAUAUGUUUGCAUUUGUAAGCCAUUGCAAUACCAUAGUAUCAUGACUCCAGCUAAUGUCAGACUUCUUCUUGGUGUGGUGUAUAUUUUCCCUUUAUGUUCUUUUGCUGUACAAGUUUGUCUCACGUCAAGGUUACCCAUGUGUAAGUAUACAAUGAAUAAGCUUUUCUGUGACAAUCUGGCAGUGGUCAAUCUAGCUUGUUUGAAAACCGCUCUUGACAACCUGUAUGGCUUAUGGUUGAUUAUUGUUUUUAUUAUUCUUCCUCUCUUCUUAGUAGUGCUGUCAUAUAUCAGAAUAUUAAUUGUAAGCACUAAAGCAUCAGAAAGUGCACAAAUGAAAGCACUAAAAACUUGUGGCCCACAUUUGAUCACCUUCAUCAACUUCUCCUCUGCCAUCCUUUUCUCUGUAAUAUAUAAUCGGUUCAAUGAAUAUCUCUCAAAUCAGAUAAAUAUUUUUAUGUCUGUGCAUUUUAUUCUGGUCCCACCGCUUCUGCAUCCUCUCAUAUAUGGCAUGAGAACUCAGGAGAUCAAGAGAAGUAUCACAAAAAUACUGCAGAAGAAGGUUUUGCAUUGGAAUUUCAUUUGA